GCAGUUACUAGUGGAAGGACUGGGGGCAUAGGCUGAUCACCCAAAUCAUCAGCUUCGAGCAGAGACCUGAGACUCCUUCCCAGCUUGUCUUGCUCAUCCCCAUUGUCAAGAAAUGGCUGCUCCUCUGACAGACAGCGACAAGAGGAAGCAGAUUAGUGUGAGGGGCAUCGCAGGGCUCGGGGAUGUGUCUGAAGUCAGGAAGAGCUUCAAUAGGCAUCUCCACUUCACCUUAGUGAAGGAUAGGAACGUGUCCACCCCGAGAGACUAUUACUUCGCCCUGGCACAUACUGUCAGGGACCAUCUGGUGGGACGAUGGAUCAGAACCCAGCAAUAUUACUACGAGAAGGACCCCAAGCGUAUUUAUUACUUAUCACUGGAAUUCUACAUGGGCCGAACUCUUCAGAACACAAUGCUGAACUUAGGUCUCCAGCACGCCUGCGACGAAGCUGUUUACCAGCUUGGACUGGACAUGGAGGAACUGGAGGAGAUUGAAGAAGAUGCUGGUCUUGGUAAUGGUGGACUGGGCCGUUUGGCAGCUUGCUUCCUUGACUCCAUGGCCACACUUGGCCUUGCUGCUUAUGGGUAUGGAAUCCGAUACGAAUUUGGGAUAUUCAACCAAAGAAUUAUGAAUGGCUGGCAGGUUGAAGAGGCAGACGACUGGUUGCGUUAUGGUAAUCCCUGGGAGAAAGCUCGCCCGGAGUACAUGCUUCCAGUUCAUUUCUACGGCAGAGUGGAGCACACAGCUGAAGGAGCAAAAUGGGUGGACACACAGAUUGUCCUUGCGAUGCCCUACGACACUCCAGUCCCAGGAUACAAAAACAACACUGUUAACACCAUGAGGCUUUGGUCUGCUAAAGCACCCAAUGAGUUUAACCUGCAAGAAUUUAAUGUUGGUGAUUAUAUUGAGGCCGUAUUGGACAGAAAUCUUGCUGAAAAUAUCUCCCGGGUUCUGUAUCCCAAUGACAACUUCUUUGAAGGUAAGGAGUUGCGGCUGAAGCAGGAGUACUUUGUUGUAGCUGCCACCCUCCAGGACAUCAUCAGACGCUUCAAGUCUUCCAAGUUUGGAUGUCGUGAUCCAGUUAGAACCUGCUUUGAUACUUUCCCAGACAAGGUUGCUAUCCAAUUGAAUGACACACAUCCUGCACUUGCCAUCCCUGAGCUCAUGAGGAUACUUGUUGAUGUUGAGCAGCUAGACUGGGAUAAGGCUUGGGAUGUAACUAAGCGGACCUGUGCUUACACCAAUCACACGGUGCUACCUGAAGCCCUGGAGCGCUGGCCCGUUCAUCUGUUUGAGAAACUACUGCCACGUCACCUGGAGAUUAUCUAUGCAAUCAACCAGAAACACCUGGAUGAAGUAGCUGCAUUGUAUCCUGGAGAUAUGGAUCGUCUGAGAAGGAUGUCAGUAAUUGAAGAAGGAGAUUGUAAAAGAAUUAACAUGGCGCAUCUGUGUGUUAUUGGAUCUCAUGCUGUGAAUGGAGUGGCCAGGAUUCACUCAGAGAUUGUGAAAAACACUGUAUUUAAAGACUUCUAUGACCAGGAACCAACAAAAUUUCAGAACAAGACAAAUGGUAUUACUCCAAGGCGCUGGCUAAUGUUGUGUAACCCAGGUCUGGCUGAUAUCAUCGCAGAGAAAAUCGGAGAGGAUUUUGUGACAGAUUUGAGCCAACUAAAGAAAUUGUUGGAUUUUGUGGACGAUGAGAGCUUUGUGCAUGAUGUGUCCAAAGUCAAGCAGGAGAAUAAGCUGAAGUUUUCUGUUUAUCUGGAGAAUGAAUACAAAGUAAAGAUCAACCCUUCUUCCAUGUUUGAUGUUCAAGUCAAGAGAAUCCACGAAUACAAAAGGCAGCUGCUAAACUGUUUACAUAUCAUUACUCUCUACAACCGAAUCAAGAAGGACCCAUCCAAACUCUUUGUGCCAAGAACGGUUAUGAUUGGAGGAAAGGCAGCCCCUGGUUAUCACAUGGCUAAAAUGAUAAUCAAGCUGAUCACCUCUGUUGGAAACAUCAUAAAUAAUGAUCCUGUUGUUGGUGACCGAUUGAAAGUCAUCUACUUGGAGAAUUACCGGGUAUCACUAGCUGAAAAAGUUAUUCCAGCAGCUGAUUUGUCUCAGCAAAUAUCCACCGCGGGCACAGAGGCUUCUGGCACUGGCAACAUGAAGUUUAUGUUGAAUGGAGCACUCACCAUAGGGACCAUGGAUGGGGCUAAUGUGGAAAUGGCUGAGGAAGCCGGAGAGGAAAACCUGUUCAUAUUUGGCAUGAGAGUUGAAGACGUCGAAGCACUGGACAAGAAAGGGUACAAUGCGAAGGAGUACUACGAUCGAAUCCCUGAGCUACGGCAGGCGAUGGAUCAGAUAAGGGAUGGCCGAUUCUCUCCAAGGGAACCUGAUCUUUUCAAAGAUGUUGUCAAUAUGCUGAUGAACCAUGACAGGUUUAAAGUAUUUGCUGAUUUUGAGGCUUAUAUAAAAUGUCAGGAGAAAGUGGAUCAGUUGUACAUGAACCCCAGGGAAUGGACAAAGAAAGUCAUCAAGAACAUUGCGUGCUCUGGAAAGUUCUCUAGCGACAGGACAAUUAGCGAAUAUGCAACUGAGAUCUGGGGGGUCGAGCCAUCAGCGGUGAAGAUUCCACCUCCCAACAUUCCCAGGGAAUAAAGCUGAAAUGAGUGCAUGUGCUCUGCGUUCUCCACCACUAGUUUGAUUGGUUCAGAAUUAGUUUCUGUUCACGAGUUGUUACUUAGAACCACUUUCCACUUUACUUAAGUUGUAUUCUUGUCUCUGGUUAAAAAAAUGCUUUCAUUGUGUUGUCCUACGCUGCCCUAAGCCUGCAGUCGCAAAUGAAAUAGAACACUUUAAUAGUUAAAAUAUCCUAAUUGACCCGAGAGGUUCCAAUAGUAAUGAAAA